AUGGAUAUGUCAGGGAUGGACAUGGGGACCAUGUCGGGGAUGUCAAUAGAGUCAACAGCCACGACAUUGGCUACAUCAACAAGCACAACGGCUAUGUCCAUGCCAUCGACAGCAGCGAGUACGGCAAGCAGCACGGCCACUACCGCGGCUGCAGCAAUGGGCAUGAGUAUGAGUAGUGUUGUUGGCAGCGCCGGAAGAGUUUGUGAAAUACAGAUGCUGUGGAACUGGCACACGAUCGGCGCAUGCUUCAUCACACCGCAAUGGCAAAUCGCCACAGAAGGGGCCAUGGUGGGCACGUGUUUCGGCGUCAUCUUCCUCGUGAUGGCCCUGGAAGGGCUCCGGCGCAGCGCAAAGCAAUUCGACCGCUACCUGAUACAGCAGCAUCGAGAGGCGGCCCAGGUGCGCUAUCACCAGGUCUCGCCCACGGCGCCAGCGGACACGAGCAACCCCGUGCUGCCGAACCCCGUCACGGCCCCAGCUCCCGCCGAGUGCUGCACGGGAUCUAGGAAGUCGAGCUCCACGGCAGUGGUACCUGAGUAUACGGGGCUGGCUCAUGGUGGUGACGCUGCCCUUCCAAGCGUCAAGGAGAAGUCGGGCUUGCCUGGUCACGCUACUCGGAGUCACGCUGAUGCUGCUCCUGCCGCGGCUAGGGGGAUGAUUGUUGGCACAGGUGGAGAGUCUGGGUGUUCGGCGCCGUUUCGCCCCAAUGUGUGGCAGCAGAUGAUUAGGGCGCUGUUUCACGCGGCACAAUUCACCGUUGCGUACUUUGUCAUGAUGCUCGCGAUGAAUUACAACGGAUACAUCAUAAUCUCUAUUGUGGUGGGCGCAUAUUUCGGCGCUUUCGUCUUCAGUUGGGAAACGCUUUGGGAGGGGCCAAGGUCCAACACAAGCGUGUCGGGGGAUCCGACCAUCUGUUGCUCAUGA